GCUGGGUUUAUAUAGUGCUGCUAAAUUUAGGCUCCAGUCACUGCUCUGCCUCCUCAUCCUGAACGUGUUUCCUCCUCUCUUUGCAAUUGGUUUGGUGGAGACCCCCUGUGCCUUUAUUUAUAAUCUAGGCCCCCUCUCAACUGCAAGGAAAACUUAUUUUUUGGUAUUGCACAUAACCUGACGCAUGCAUCGACUACUCCGUAGUACGGAUCAGAAAAGUUUCGCCGUUAUUUAAUUGUAUUUCCCUGGUAAUAUUUUUUUUUUUUUUGCUUAAUUUUCUUGGCAACCUGACUCGGACUUAAAGGAAGGCUAGAGAUGGCUCUCAGUGAGUCCAUUCUCCCAUCUUUCGCAACCUUUGCUCCCCAACGAGAGAAGUGUUUUCACGAAGAAAAGUGGAAGUGUAGUUAUGAGUCAAAGUCCCCGCAUGACAGCUGCAUUAUCCCAGAGGUGAUGCAGAGCUCAGACCCUUUUGCUACUAAGAAGGAAGAUGAAGAUUUGAACAAUGUACUGGAAUUUGUUUUGUCCAUGGGUGAUGGCAAAAAUCUUCAAAAUUGUGAAUACUCUAUGGCACUUCCUGAAACCUGCACUUACUACCAAACAAACCCUUCUCCAGGAGGCUACAGCACAGACCACAGCCCACCACCAUACAGUUCAACUGGCUUAAUGACGGAGCUAAUAAGGUCUGAUAUGGACAACUACUGCCACCCAAGUACUGCCCAUGGAAGGUUUUUUGUGGCUCAAGCAUUUGACUUUCCUGACACAAUCAAGGCAGAGCCUGGCUUAGAUUCCUAUGGACCUAUUAUUGGAAUGGUGCCCCAGUCCUGCUCAAAGAUUAAGCAGGAGGGCAGUGCUGCAUGUAUGAUGCCAUAUGACCAGCCUAGAUUAGCCAACUCUCCACAGAUGGCUGGUAUUGAGACACCACCUAUGAGUCCUGAUGACUUGAUUUUAAAUGAGUGCCAGUCACAGAUCUUAUGCCACCCUACUCUGCCAUAUCCUCAUGCCUAUCACACUGCAUCUGGUUUCCACCAUCAGUCUCCUAUUUCUUUCCAAAGCGCCUCCCAGUAUGGCAUGUUUGAGGACAAUUUGCCCAUGCCACCGUCCGCACAGAGGGGUGUUAUUACUCCUCCUGGUUCUCCUCUAGAAAUUAUGGAUACUAAACCCAAGCGAGGACGCAGAUCUUGGCCAAGAAAGAGAACAGCUACGCAUACUUGCUCAUAUGCAGGCUGUGGGAAGACUUAUACCAAAAGCUCCCAUUUAAAGGCUCACCUAAGAACACACACAGGUGAGAAACCUUAUCACUGUAAUUGGGAAGGAUGUGGCUGGAAAUUUGCCCGAUCUGAUGAGCUUACACGUCACUUUCGCAAACAUACUGGUCAUCGGCCCUUCCAGUGUCACCUGUGUGACCGUGCCUUCUCUCGAUCAGACCACCUUGCGCUGCACAUGAAAAGGCAUAUGUAAAAUGUGAACUCUUGCAUGGGAAGGGUGGGUUUCUUGGAUCUUGUGAUGGCUGCACAAACUGCUACUGGCCCCUUUGUUGGGUCACACUGUAGCUGGUACUGCAAGGGGUGAGAUUUUCAUUUCUGCAACUCCAGUGGCUCUCACAGAGGAUAACUUUACUUAAAGGCUGGACCUAGCAUUUAAACAUAUGCAUUAACUGGAAUACCUCUGGGAAGGAGGAAAUGGGGUUUACUGGGAUAUAUCUGUAGCUUGAUAAUAUGUAACCCUUUUGAAUGUUCUAGGGGUUUAGACAACUUUGCUUUGUGAUGAAGGUUAUGCCCCUUAUGCACUCAAAAUGGUUAAUACUUGUGAACACUUUGCUUCCUCUGGCAGCAAAAAGAUUUCUUUACAAGGGCAUUGAACAAACUCUAGUAUAUUCAUCUAAGUUUCCAUAACUUCUCCCUUCUUAAGUACUUAAAUAAUAUAGCACCUAAGUAGUCCCAGCUCCUCCUCCAUGGGUAUAGAGGAGGAGAGCUGCAUUGCAGUUAUUUAAUGAUCUGGGAAAUGCCAUUUACAAAAAGGGAAUUUUUAUUUGAAAUACUAGACUGCUACGGCAUAAGCAUAUUUUUCUUUUCAAUGUUAUCAAAUUGUAACUGCCUGAGCACCUAGGACAAUGUUUGUAUGAAACUGCCUAAUUGCCUUUCAUAGGAUAACUACUUUGAGUAUCCUAUAACUUUAUUUUGUUCUAUAAAUAAAUUGCAACAAGACAACAUUUUUUGUUUUUCUCCUGAAAUCUAUUUUUAUAUAGUUUGUUUCUUUACACUAUAAAACCGCAGGGCUAGAGGUCUUGCAAGAAAAUAACCAUUUUUUUAUAUAUAUGUAUGUAUUAUAUAUAUAUUUAUGUAACUAUUUGUAAAUGAUUGUACAAUGAAUAUGUAUAGUGUAAAUAGAAUGACUAAUGGCAUAUUGCUGUUUUCCUCAUGUUCUGGCAUUGGAGUCAAUUUGUCAAUGACAUACUUUUUUUGUUUUUGUUUUUGUUUUAUAAAUAAAACGACAAACAAACCUGAAA